AUGGCGGCAAUGGCCCAAAUGCAGAAUGCUCUCAGAGCAGAAAUCCGAGAUCUGAAGGUAAAAAUUGUAAGUCUAGAAACUGCAGAAGCUGACAAUGCACGCCUUCGGAAAGAACUAUCAAGCAUCAAGACGACAUGUGAGAAUAAUCUGGCGAAGCAAGAACUUGACUUUUUAAAUCGGAUGGCAGAAAUCUCGCGAGAGAACAGUGCUCGAAUUGCAGAUCUCGAAGCCAAGCUCGCAGAAAAAAGACAGUUGACAUCUGGACAUGGCCCGAAAUCAGUUCAUGAUAACAUCGAAGGCAUGGAACAAAUUGCUGGCCAAAACAGGGACGAGGUGGAUAUUUUGAAAAAGCAACUGCGUGUCGUGCAAACCAAAAGGGACGAGCUUACUCGAAAGCUUGAAGAGGCAACUGUUGAAUUGGCUCUGAAAGAUUGCAAACUCGAAUCGUUGGGAGUUGAUGAUUCUUUUGUUCGCUGCAAUCCUGCUUCUGACCGCAGUUUUUCUAUGGAACAUUCAUCAUUGCAACGAAUGUUGCGGGAAGCCAAUGAAGAAAUCGGACGACUCAAAGCCGGCACGACGGAACACCCUUCGAUUGGUGGCCAAGUAGAUGUUCAACUACAAAGAAGAGUUGAACGGCUAGAGAGAGAAAAUUUGAAGCUCCACGAUGCUCUCAAGCAAGGAGAGCAAAGUAAAAAGAAACAUGACAUUACUGUGCUUCAGCUGGAGAGAAGAAACCACGACUUGAAAAUGUCUCUUCAAAAGAUGGAAAUUCAAGGUCAAAGUGGAACUGUCGAAACAAGAGCCAGCUAUGGUUUUACAGAUGAUGGAAAUUUGGAAAUAGAAUGCCAAAGAUUACAAUCGGAACUUCGAAAAACAAAAAAUGCACUCAACUUGGCAAACCUCAAGCAAGAAGAAUUGAGCUACGAGCUGAAAAAGGCGAGUACAGCAAGUAGUGUGGAAUGUACUCCUGAAGUGGGCAUGCAUCAACAGCGAAAUCAGUCGCUUCAGGUUGCAUGUGAAAAGCUUGAGGGCGAGGUGGACGAGCUCAAAGGGCAGCUGGGGAAAUCUGGUGAGCUCAAGAGCUCUUUGUUGGCAGAGAUCAAUGAAGCAAAGACUCUAUUGCAGUCUAGUGAACGAGACAAGAAAAAAUUGAGCGAACAGCUAGCGCAAGCUGAAAAUGAAAUGCGACAACCACGAGACAGCGGUGUGGGCUCUUCACAGGAUCGAACUUCAGAUAUGAUUCGCCAAAUGGAACAGAAUCUAAAACGAGAAAAAGUUAACACUGACAACAUCACAGCCAAAUACCGCCAGCAAGCAGUAGCCGAUAAACAAACAACUGAAGUCGAUUCUUCAUAUGAGAUAUUGACAAAAAUGCGCGAGGACAAUCGCAAGCUCAAUCUGGACGUGAACCAACUCCAACGCAAGUUGGAUGAUGAGAGAAAACUCUCUCGAUGUUUGAGAAGUGAAAUUGGGGACAUGAGAGCUUCCUAUUCGACUGAAAGCAAACCGUCAGUGAGGGAUCGUGCAUCCUUUUCUUCAGUACCAAGUACUUCAAAAUCACAAACUCUGAAUCGAACCACAAAACAGACUAGCAACUCGUCAACUCGAAGAUCAGUAAAAGGAAUCGCAGCAAGAUUCGAAAAUGGAGGCUUCCCGACGCAACCGGAGGAAAAAGCAACCUCUCGUCCAAGUUUCAGCAAGGAGCCCACCGAGCAGCCCGUUCCCCAUACAAGCUUCAGUAACAAAACCAAAGAGCUGACAGACGAGGUCAGGGGCCUGCGGCGUGAAUUGGAGACUCAAACGAAACAGGGUAUAGAAUUGGAGGAAGAGUUGACAAGACAGUGCGAAAUCAACAGUUCCUUGCUCAAGGAGAUCAAUGAGCUGAGCUUGGAGAUUGAGGCAAAACGGAAGGAGAGUGCGAACAUUUUCAAGGAUCAGGAGGAACUAGUUGAAUUCAGAUCACAAAUUACUAAACUAUCUCAAGACUUGACAAUUGCUUCGAAGGACAAAGCAGAACUCCAAUCGAAAUAUGAAACAAACCAGAAGAGGCUUGCUUCGCUACAGGAGCAAGUAAGUGAGAAGGUCAAGGACUAUGACAAAAACCACUCGAGAGAUGAACAGAUCAUCCAUCAACUACAAUCUAAGGUAAAAAGCCUAGAGGCAGAUCUUGCGAACACUCUGACGCUCGUCGAAGACCUCCGAGAUAAGCUAAAUUCUCAGGCAGAGAGCAAUCCUAAUGGACAGAACACCGAUCUCCAAAGCAUGAAGAGGGCACUUCACGAGAAAGAAGACGAAAUUACUCAAAUGACACGUGAAAAGGAACAGAUUGUCUUGAGCAUGAAUGACAUGACUGGAUUCCGAAAAGAAGAGAUCCAAGAACUUCAACUUGAGUUGACUCGAAUGAAGUCGAAGAAUUCAGAACAAGUUCGGGAAAUGGAGUCAUUAAGAGAAAAACUCGAGCAAAGGAACUACAAUAUACAGAGAAUUGCCAGUAACGAUGACAACGCAGCAGGCAACUUACAAUCUGAAAACACUGAGCUUCGACAGAAACUGGUCGAGGCAACUUCAGAAAGACUGGCUUCGGAAGCAAAAUUGAAGCAGUACUUGAGCGACAGAGGUGGUUCCUCCAAGUCAGUCCAAAUACUCAGGGAGCGGAAUGCAGCUCUAAAGUUCGAAGUCGAAAAGUUGACAAAAAAACUCUCGAAGUUGAGUGGAGGCGACAAAAUGCAAGUUACAAGAGUUAUGAUUUAA